AUGAGCCGUCCAAUCAUCCAGCGUUCUGCUAAGAAAAUACCAGUCAAGGUGGAGAGCGACUCUGCUCCUGCUCCGACCCUUGAUCUUGAUGUCGGUUCCGGAGUAGUUCAACGUGCACCAAAGAAGAAGCCCGCUAUCGGCGGCAGCGGCAAGCCUUCUGUCCGAAAGGCGCCUGCUGUAUCUGCUAGUGAUCCGAGCAAGAUCAUUCCAGUCAAGCUUGCCUUUGGCACCUCCGAUGAUGAGGGUGAACAUAAGCCAUCGACAGCGGCAGUUUUAGUUGAGAAAAAGAAAGCUAUCCGUGUUCGGCGACCAAGUCAGAAGGCGGCAGAGAUGUCUUUACGGGAGGUGGGAGGCAACGAUACCAGUACCCCUGUCAAGGUCAUAAAGAAGAAACCCGCUGUCAUGAAGAAGCCCCCCAGUAAGGCCUCUCCAACAAAAGCCACCGCAUCAUCUGGACCCCAGAUGGAUGUUCUCAAAGCCGAGGUCACUCGUGAUCUUCCCAUCACAGUCAAGGUGGAGGAGGAGAUUGAACCCAUCGUCAUGGUUGCCUCACCCCCUACAAACACCCCAAUGACCCCCACCCCUACUUCAAAGGCAAGGGGUAAAGCGAAAGCCCUCGUUGUUAUUUCUGACGAUGACACAACACCGAUGGCUACCCCAGUUAUGAAGCGAAAGCGACAUGUUGACUCGCUAGGUGAUGUCACACCUGGGACACCCAAGACACUAUUACCAACGUCACCUAGUACUACUAAACGCCUAAAACGAGCAACUGUCGUUGUUGAUGAUAGCGACGAGGAGGUUCAGGAUGUUGGCCGUGGUCAGAUGUCUGGCAAUGGAAAUGCUGUUACUGUCCGCUCUACUGCUGUUGUACAGACCACUAGGGCAACACUCGCAAUCGACCUUAAUGAUUUUGACAUCAUUAUACGCCCUCUGCUUGUCUACAUCACCGAGUCAGGGCUUGUUGCAAAACUCCGUCCAUGCCAAAUUGUCUCUCGGUACGAGUCAGGGAACACAAACUCUGCACUCCCUAGCUUGUCUUUCACCAUGUCCCACUUGAAGACUGAUUUCCAACGCAUCGUGCUGUAUGAUGCAGUUUGCUUUGAUACUGUUGGUGUAUAUGCCAACCCGUUGUCUGUGAAUCCUGAUUUGAUUAUGGUCGACGGAGGCAAAGCAGUAUUUGCAGAGACCCCUAUACGCGGGUACCCUGUUGUGUAUAUGCUUCCAGUGGCCGUUUCAGAAUGUGACCUCUCGGAGACAGUACAGGUCCAUGCAGGCUCGCCAUCAUUGGGAAAUCAUAAACGCUUGCUGGCUUGGCCAUUUGACGACUACAUGGACAUAUUCUCAGCGCAUCUGGGCACAGUCUUCGGUAAAGACAAGCUGCUGGCAUAUCGUCCUCAAGGAACCCUACAGUUUGCCACAAGGUCAGAUGCAACGUCCCUGUAUUCAUCCCCUAGUCCAUCUCAGACCCCUUCACGCAAUACCCAGAAAGGGUGUGGAUUUGUCUCUCGGAAAGCACCCAGGACCAUGGAGCGGCCGCCAUCCAACACCUCGCGCACUGACAUUCGGUACCCUGCAUGCAAGGAACACCACAACGAAGUACCAAUUUAUGAUGGGCGCCGCAAUGAUAAGAAGGACCGAGAUGGGUUUUUAAUGGAUGCUGAAGGUCUUGCCGACAGUCUCUCAGAUCUUGCUGAAGGACGCCUUCCACGUUACCUCAACUCCAUCACAGACAACAAUGUUCCCUCAUCAGGGCCAGAUGAGUAUUAUGUGGUGCUGGUGGGCUUUACUGCAAGCGCGUACAAACCAGCCAAGGCGGACGACAUGGAUCUUGAUCCCCGGCAAAUAUCACUCAACGCCAUGUUUCUCAUCAUCCUUGGGCACUGUGUGGUGCCUGGGUCGUCAUCCCCCACCUCAUCCUCUCCCACAAAGCAGCAGUUCUUGCUGUCGCCAGUGACAGAUGAGAUCACCCCCAUGUACAUCUCAAGCCUUCAGUCACAGCUCUAUGGUCCUCCCGAUUACGUUGAUGUCUCUGGUCCUACAGAUGACCACACCUAUGCUUUGACAUAUGUUGACGAUGAGGCAGAAGAGGAAGAUGACGAACAGGCAGAGGAAGAAGAAGAAGAAGAGGAUUUCCAGCAGGAGGGGGAGGUGACAACGACGAACACUAUCUUGGAAGAAGACGCUGGGAAGGAGGAGGAGGAAGAUGAUGAUGAAGGGGUGGAGGAGGAGUUUGAGUUUGUGGAAGAAGAAGACGCUGAGGAGGAGGCGUAA